AUGGAAAGCCAGGAGGGUCGCGAAGGCAACCUCAAUUAUUCUCCAGCAGAAGAUCUUCAACUGUGUAAAUCAUGGUUCAAGUUCUCGAUUAGUGCCGAAACAGGAACAGACCAGGAUGGUGGCCAAUGCUGGGAAAAAAGUUUGCUGUUCACUUUGCUUCGCAUAUCGAGGAAUCAAGAGGCGAACGGCCUGACAUUAGUAACUUUCAGCGUACGCAAGCGAAGGAAGCGUAUUUCAAAUUUGAAAAGAAACAAUUCGCUUUUGAGCUCUUGUUGGGAAACCCUCCGUUCUUUCGACAGGUGGAAUGACAAGCUGGAAGAAAUGAAGGCACCUGCAGCUUUCAAUGUCGAUCAAGAAGGCGAAAAUGGUGAAUCGUCGACCGCGCAACCCACCAACAAAAGACCUGACGGCAACAAAAAGGGAAGGGUUCGAACAGAGCUCAAGCGCGACUUUGAUCAAGCGAUGAAGAAACAAGCCGCAUCUCUUGAAGAAACGAGAAAAAAGAGCAAAUAUUUGGAGCAGCUCGUGGCCGUAGAGAAAAGAAAAGCGAAGGACGACAGAAAAGAAAGGGAUGAGAAGAUCAUGGCUGUCGAUCCUUCACAAUUGGAUCCCAUCCGCCGUCAGUUCUAUGAGAUCUGGCAAAAACAGAUCUUAGAAAGAUUGCUUGCAGGAGGAGCAGAAGAUGAAGAGGAUAAAGAAGACGAUGGAGAAGAAGAUGAACGAAGAAGUUGA